CGUAGGCGCUGGCGGUCGGGUCCCCCCGGGUCUCCCUCGCACAGCCGCAGCCCGCGGACACGGCGGGCACACAGCACAGAGGUCUCGCCGAGUCGUGCGCGUCGUCGGUCGGUGCCUCUGCCUCUGCCUCAGCCCACGGCCGCGUCGCGUCGCGCCGGGCCUUGCUCGCGCCUAUGUUGGGCACGGCCGCCUCGGCUGAUUCGCGCGACUACUCCGAUGGGGUGCCCACCACCGCCCGUUAUUACCGAGCGAGCAUCUAUGGGUGCGAGCAGCUGGUCACCAUUGGUCCGUUGCUUCAACUCAAGUAACUCAACUCGCCUGCUUCUGUUUUGAGGGCCCGUUUGUGUGCUUUGCCUGGAGGAGCCCGAACCGGAGCCCUCUCAAACGGCCUCUGGAUAUUAAUUUCUCAGCGGCUUUGGUACAAUAUAUGCUAUCAAGCGCGGAGGCGGGAGCAGCGAGCAGCGCGCGGCCGGCGACCCCACCACGACGGCAUCAGCAACCGGCCGCGCGGCCGCGGGCGCGUCCGGCGGCGGCGGCGGGGUCCUCACCUCGAUGGUGGGGAUGUACCAGCACCAGCACCAGCUCCGCGACGACGCGUUCGGCACCCUUGGCGGCGGCCACUGCGGUGAGCAGCCACGGCUCGCCGCCGGCGGCGCCCCGUCCUCCUCCUCUCCACCGGCUGCUCUCGCCCCGCCGCUCGCACAGGCGCAUGGCGGCGGCCAGCAGCGGCAGCUGUUCGAGGCGCUGGUCGGCGGGGGGAGCCUGCUGCGCGGCCCGGGAGGCGGCAAAGGCAGCGUCGCGGUUGGGGAUCUGGGGGUGCUGGUGCGGUGGAUGCGGGAGCUCGCAGCGGAUCCCGUGGCCCCGCUGCCGGUGCCGUCGGAGCACCGGGCGAGGAAGCGGCACGUGCUGGCCUUGCGGCGUGCGCGCUACCUCAGAUUGGAGGACGUGGCGGACGCAGAAGAGCUCCCCAGCUUCUCCAAGAAAAGGAAGCUCCACUGGGAUAAACAUAAAAAGAAAGGGUGCUUUAACAUGCCAACAAGGAAAUCGGAGAGACUAGCUAAGAGAAUGAAACUCAUGGCAUCAUUGCUCCUCACACAACGGAAAAAGAUUGGAGUAGGUGAGCACUUUCAGGCAGAGAUACCUGAAUGGACUGGGCAACCUUCAGGGAAAGAGCUUUCAUGGUACAGGAGUGACCCAGAGACAUCAAAGAUGUUAGGAACUACAAUUUGGCCUCCUGGAGGUAAUGUUAACAAAACCGAUAUUGCAGCCGUUGGGCGGGGAAGACCAGAAUCAUGUAGUUGCUCCUGCCCAGGAUCAUUCUUCUGCAGACAGCACCACAUAAAUGAAGCAAGAGAUCGACUGCGGUCUGAACUUGGUCGAGCUUUCACAAUAUGGCAAUUUGAUUCAAUGGGGGAGGAGGUCUCUAAGGUUUGGAGUCGUGAUGAGCAACUAAAGUUCAACACACUUGAACGAUUGAUUCCUGUUAUGGACCAAAAGACAUAUUGGGCAAUUGCGUCAAAAUUUUUUGCUUCAAAGCCCAGGAUAGAUUUGAUAAAGUACUACCUGAAUGUGUUCCUGAUGAGAAGGGUAUUGAGCCAGUGCAGAUUGGGUCUUCUGGAAAUUGAUAGUGACGAAGAUGAAGUGGAGGAGGAGGAUGAAGAUCAGCCUGAAGGCUCCAGCUCUCUUCAGAGGACCCAGGAUGUCCAGGACGUGAAGAAGGUCCCAUGAUUCUGCCAGCAGCAAUCUGACAUGCUUUUCUGCAUGUGCGCUUUGUUGAGACGCUCAUUCAUCAAAUGAUGUACCAUUGCUCCAAGUGAUCGCCAGUCUGAUUUUUUGCAGAUUUUUCAUUAGAGGACUCCGUUCACUUAGGUUCAACCAUCCUUUGUGAGCAGAAACUGAAUCAAGUGUCAAAUCAUUCUCCACGCCUCUCUCUAGGCCAAAUCAAUACUUGAAGCUCAUCUGAGCCAAAUUGUUUUCCGUUGUACAGGAAAAUGGUAAGAAAAACUGAAAGCAAAAGGGGGGAAAGGAACAAAAAGUGAAGGAGCUGUUUUACUUCCCUUUUCUUGAGGCUAGACCUGUCGAUGUAAGGCUUUUAACCAAGCCAUCAUCUCAUCUGGUGCUUUCAACAAGCAUCUGACAUCUGUGUUUACUGCCUGGAGAUUUGGCUCCCUCUUCUGGAAUUCUUUCUGGGGUUAACUUGUUCUUUUGGCAUGACAAAACCUUACUCUUUGAAAAUUCGGUUAGUUCUAUACUUCUAUUCAGCUGAUA